GGCAGCCGCCCCCGCCAUUUCGCAAAACAAAAAUCUCUCUCUCGUCUCUCUCAAAAGCCGGAAAAGCACAUGAUGUUGAUCAGAAAGAAACGCAAUCAUUCGAGGAGCCUGAUUCCGAGCUGACGACCGCCCCUUCUCGAAUCCUCCACCCCCCCGCCCGCCCGCUCGCCCGCUCGCCCGCUCGCUCGCGUCGAAGAAUCCCAUCGCCGGAGCCGGAGCAGCUCAUCCCUCCCCGUCCCUUCGAUCCCACGCGAACUCCAUCCGCAGGCGUCGACGAAAGCGAUCGCCGAGCCGAUAAAAAUCCUCCUCUCCGCUCUCGUCUCUGUUCCGAGGCGAUCUCUCCCUCUCUCUCUGGCUCUCUUUUGGCGUGCUUAUCCGUUGCGUUUCCGCAUGCGAUUUGGGAUUCUGAAAAGCCAUCGCGCUUUUUCCAGUCUUCUUUUUGUCUCCAUCGCUGUCCGCCAAAAGAAGAAAGAAACGCGUGACGCCACUUGUCUCGCGUCCGUUUUCCGAUUCAGGCUCGUCCGUUGAUGGUCAUCUAAGCUUCUGUUGUGGCGAGCGGGAUUAUCCGGGAGGAGGAGGUCCGCUGAAUUCCCGCUGCUCAUAUCUCGUUCUCCGCCGGCUCUCCCCCAACCAGAUUUCGACGUCGCGCGUGGAGUUCCGCCGGUGGCCAGAGAAAGAUGGUUGCCUUUGGCAAAAAGUUGAAGGACAGGCAGAUUGCAGAAUGGCAAGGAUACUACAUUAAUUAUAAGAUGAUGAAGAAAAAGGUGAGACAAUAUGCUCACCAAAUUGAGAUUGGAAUACAAGAUCGGCAGCAUGUCCUGAAGGAUUUUUCCAGGAUGCUAGAUAACCAGAUUGAAAAAAUUGUCCUUUUCCUGUUGGAACAACAAGGCCUACUUGCGAGCAGGAUAGCUAAGCUUGGUGAGCAGCAAGAAGCUCUUCAGGAGCAUCCUGAUAUAUCUCAAAUAUCUGAACUAAGAGAAGCCUAUAGAACUGUGGGACGUGAUCUUCUGAAGCUUCUUUAUUUCGUUGAAAUAAACGCAAUAGGUUUGCGUAAGAUACUGAAGAAGUUUGAUAAGCGUUUUGGUUAUCGAUUCACGGACUACUAUAUCAAGACUCGUGCAAAUCACCCUUAUUCCCAGCUGCAGCAAGUGUUCAAGCAUGUGGGAAUAGGGGCUGUAGUUGGAGCAAUUUCUCGUAACCUGGGGGAACUUCAGGACCGCCAGGGAAGCUACAUAUCGAUAUAUGACCAGCCACCUCUUCCUCUGCAGGAUUCUGUCAUUGACUUGAUGAAAGCUGCCGUGGACAGAUUAACACAUUCAACCAACUUCCUUAACUUUCUGGCACAACAUGCACUCAUUUUGCAAGAAGAGCUACCUUUUCCUGUUGAUGAACAUGUUGAAGAUCAAAGAUAUCAUUUUAUGUCACUUAUGUUGAACUUGGCCAGCACGUUCCUUUAUAUGGUCAAUACAUACAUCAUUGUCCCCACAGCAGAUGACUAUGCCCUAAGUCUUGGAGCUGCAGCAACAGUUUGUGGUAUUGUGAUUGGAGCAAUGGCAGUGGCACAGAUAUUCUCCUCGGUGUAUUUUAGUGCUUGGUCGAAUAAGUCAUACUUCAGGCCUCUCAUAUUCAGCACUAUUGUUCUCUUUGUGGGCAAUGUCAUGUAUGCUUUGGCAUAUGAUCUUGAUUCCAUAGUGGUCCUUCUUGUGGGUCGGCUUUUUUGUGGAUUAGGCUCUGCUAGAGCUGUUAACCGGCGUUACAUCAGCGAUUGUGUGCCAUUGAAGAUCCGCAUGCAGGCCUCGGCGGGUUUUGUCAGUGCAAGUGCUCUUGGGAUGGCUUGUGGUCCUGCUCUUGCUGGACUACUUCAAUACAAUUUUAAGAUUUACAAGUUGACAUUUAAUGAAGAAACUUUACCGGGAUGGGUAAUGGCUGUGGCUUGGCUUAUAUUCUUAAUAUGGUUGUGGAUCUUGUUUAAGGAACCUUCUCGUGAAGUGGAGGCAAAUGAAACACCUCAGGAAUCAAAUGCUGAACCAGUAGAGGGUGAUGCACUGGAGAAUGGUAUAAAAAAACCAUUGCUUAUCAGCUCAGAAAGAAUGGAGCAAGAUGCAGAUGGUGACAACGAAUGUGAAGGAAGCGACGAAGCUCCUGAAGAAUCCCACCAAGCAGCAACUUCACUUCAAUCAGCUUAUAGGUUAUUGACACCUUCUGUUAAGGUACAAUUAUUGAUUUAUUUCAUGCUAAAGUAUGCAAUGGAGAUACUACUUUCAGAAUCGAGUGUCAUUACCACAUAUUACUUCGGUUGGUCCACAAGCAGUGUUGCCAUAUUCUUGGCAUGCCUUGGCCUGACAGUUCUCCCCGUAAACAUUGUUGUCGGAAACUACAUUUGUAACAUGUUUGAAGACAGGCAAAUUUUAUUGGCAUCUGAAAUUGUGGUUUGCAUUGGCAUACUCCUAAGCUUCCAUGUAUUCAUUCCCUACUCCAUUCCACAGUAUGUCAUUUCGGGACUCAUCAUGUUCGUUUCUGCCGAAGUGCUGGAAGGUGUCAACUUGUCGCUACUAUCUCGAGUCAUGUCUUCUCGGCUUUCAAGAGGAACAUACAAUGGCGGCUUGCUUUCGACAGAAGCUGGUACCAUCGCUCGUGUUGUAGCAGAUAGCACCAUAACUCUGGCUGGGUACUUGGGCGACAGCAAACUGUUGAAUGUCACCCUGCUUCCUUCGCUCAUCAUAUGCAUCUCAUCCAUCAUCGCCACUCUCUGCACCUACAAUUCUCUCUACUAGACUCCUCUCAUGUAAAUAUGUCCGCGUAUGUUUUUACGCUUUCUUAAUCUCCCCCCACCCCCUAUAUUUCUCCUCAUCUUUUUUCUCCAACUUAUUUUUAUUCUUUGGCAUGUAGAAUUCUAUAAUUGAGAGUCUUAUGGACUUUCAUUCCAUAUUGGAUUGCAAUAAGUUUUGAACCAUUGAUGUCAAGAAGGUUAAGUGCAGAACAAUUUGGAAAUUAGAAUAUAGAUCAUUUCUCUAGUA